AUGCCGGGCGCGAUAGAGAGCGAGAAUACGGGCGAGCCCGCCGUUGUGUCCGAGCUGCCUGUUGGAGCCGAGCCCUUUGUCGUCUUGAAGCAGCAUGUCGAACUCGAGGUCAAUUUCCGCGACAAGAGCAUCAUGGGCGUCUCGACUAUCCACAUCUUCACGAUAAACCCGGACCUUGAUGAGAUUUGGUUGGACGCGCGACAAUGCGACGUGGACAUUGAAAAUGUUACCGUGGAUGGCUUCAAGACGGUCGCGUCGUUUGCGGACCCGUGCGAUCUUUCUCAAACCCCGCGCCAUUGGCAGAUCGGUGCAGCACAGCAUCACAUCGUGAGGAGGCGGAUGGCGCCGCUGAGGCCCGCGCGGCGCCCCGAGGUCCCUACCAAAGACCGAGUCUCGUACCCCUGCUGCCUUCCAGCCGACCGCGCUCUUAAGGUGUCUUUACGCCCCGAUGGCAUGUUCAAGGACGGCCCUCGGCGGACCCUUAAGAUCAAGACUUCGAAGAGCGACAAAGAUGCCACCCUCGAUAGGCCCGAUCCGAAUGACGAUUUGAGUGGCAUUAAGAUCUCCAUUCCUUUCCGCUCCAAGAAGAUCCGCGACGGCCUGCACUUUGUUGGCGUUGACGAGGGCGAUCUGAGAUACACUCACGUGUACACACGCCACUCGCUUGAGCCCGGAACUGCAUCCUGCAUUUUUCCAUGUGUCGACGACCCGGGAUCUAGACAUCCCUGGAAGAUUUCGAUCAAAUGCCCAAGGACCCUUGGUGACGUGUUUGACCAACCCAUGGCCGCGCAGCCAGCAAGCCCGCAACAGGCAAAUGGGACUAGGAAGAGGAAGUUUGGAAACCAACCUGCUACUCCUCCUCCUGCCCCUAAGCUUGCCGAAGAGGACAAGAUGAUGGAGAUGACGGUGGUUUGCUCUGGCAACCUCGCCGGGGAGCAGAUUGAUCCGGAAGAUGACAAGAAAAAGAUCAUGACGUUCGAGUCGCAGCUUUCGGCGGCCCAACACAUUGCCUUCGCCAUCGGUCCCUUUGAGCACAUCCAGCUGUGGUCGGAGUGCCGCACAGAGGAAGCCGACGAGAAGCUCGGCGCCAACGCGGCCAAGAUUCAUGCCUACUGCCUCCCACAUAAGGCCGACAACGUGCGCAAUACCUGUGAUCCGGUUGUUGGAGCAGCGGAUUUCUUUGCGCCCGAGUUCGGCCGGUAUCCCUUCGAAAGUUACAAGCUUUGCUUCGUCGACGACAUGAUCCCGGACACCGUGGCGGCGACAUCCAUGUCGCUCUGCAGCAACCGGCUGCUCUACCCGGACGAUAUCAUCGACCUCGAGACCGACGUCACUAGAACCUUGGUGCACGCCUUGGCAAGCCAGUACUUUGGCGUUCAUAUCGUGCCAAACCAGCGGUCAGACUACUGGCUUAUCGUCGGCAUCCAAUGGUUCAUGACGGAUCUAUUCAUGAGGAGCAUCUGCGGCAACAAUUGGUAUCGAUUCCACCUCAAGACCCUUUCCGAUAAGCUGGUCGAGACGGAUAUCCACCGGCCGUCGCUCCAUGACCUUGGCGAGUACCUGCACCUUGGCGACUUUGAGCUGGACUUUAUGUCUCUCAAGGCGCCCCUGGUUCUCUUCAUUCUCGACCAGCGCAUGUCCAAGAUUCCGGGCUCGAUGGGUAUCGUCCGCGUCAUCUCUCAGAUCGUUUCCAACGCCAACAUCAACGCCACCAUCGCCAGUACUUCGCUAUCGGAUGCGGAUUUCCGGAAAGCAUGCGAGAAGAAGAGCCAGUACCGUCCCGACGAGUUGUGGCAGCAGUGGGUGCACGGCGCAGGAUGCCCGAAGCUCCUCAUUAAGCAGCGCUUCAACAAGAAGAACCUGAAUGUGGACAUCUCCAUUGCCCAGACGCAGGCCAGGGAUAACGGGCCCAAGGUCAUCACGAAGGACGAGUUCUGGAAGGAGCUGCAGGAAGAGGUGCACGAGGUCUGGGCUGGCACAGUGCCCAAGUUCUUCACCGGUCCGUUCACCGUCCGAAUCCACGAAGCCGAUGGUACACCUUAUGAGCAUUACCUCGCUAUCACGGACAAGGACAAGGUGGCGACCACGCUUCAAAUCGCCUACAAUACCAAGUACAAGCGAAUGAAGCGUACCAAGAAGGCCACGGCCGCCGCCGCCAGCAAUGCCGCCGAUAAGCACGAUAUCCAGGAGGAUGACAUCGUCUAUUUUAAUAUGCUAGGCGAUGUGCUCACGACUCCGAGGGACAUCGAGAACUGGGGCCUCCAAGACUGGUCCGAAAGCGUGCAGACCGCCAUGGACCAGGAGUCCUACGAGUGGAUACGGCUCGAUUGCAAUUUCGAAUGGCUGUGCGAAAUGGUGACCGACAUGCCCGGCUACAUGUACCUGGCCCAGUUGCAACAAGACAGGGACGUUGUCGCGCAUCAAGACGCCAUGCUGUUCUUUCAGCGAGGCAAACGGCACGGCGUUGCCUCCACCAUUGAGACCCGGACGGCGAUUGACCGCCGUUACUUCUACGGCAUUCGCAAGAUGGCCAUUGACGACCUCCCCAAGCAGGCCGAUCCGGAUCUCAACUACAUUGGCACGGCACAACUUAUCUUGAUCUUUCGGCACUUCUUCUGCGACCGAAUGGUUGGAAAAAACGGCAACGUCACGUUUCCCCCGGCGCCCAACGAUUUCUUUGACAAGGCUCAGUACGCAAUCCAGUGUGCUCUUCCCGGCGCCAUUGCGCGCACCAGGGAGAAUGGCCGUUGCUCGCGGCACGCGCGUAACUUCCUCCUCGACUUACUCCUAUUCAACGACAACUCAGACAAUGUUUAUUCCGACCAGUUCUACAUUGCAACGCUGCUUGACGCACUCACCACCUCCAUCAUCCCGGACAAGUGGGAGAGUGAAAAGGACCUGUACUCGAGCCUUAGGAUGGACGAGGAUGACGACAUGGAAUUCAAAAACUUCAUCGAGAAGACAAUCGAGGAGAUCGACAAGUACCGCCGUAUGGACGAGUGGACGUUAACCUUCCAAAACAUCUGGACGACGACAGCGCUGAACUGCAAGAUGCGCUUGAUGAAGGCCAAGGUUAUCCGCACCGAACCACUCGAGUUCCUCAUGUACCUGCAGGACGGGAACUACGAUUUCAUCAGGAUCAAAGCGUUCGAGUGUCUCGUCGAACUAGGCAUGCUUGCCAAGAUUUUCUGCAAAGGCAUGGCGGCGGUAGCCUUGGGUGAGAGCAAGGCCGCCCAAAUCCAGUCCGAAGAAGCCAUUGAGGAGUCCCUAGGCUUGGUCGUCGAGCAGGGCGAGGCUGAAAUCCAACAGAGACAGCUCGCCGCUACUCGAAAUCAAAGCAUCCAGGCAGCGCUUGCGGCGCUAAAGGAGGAGUUGAAGGGCAACACUGAGCUGCAGGCCGCCAUGUGGAAGGCUCUGGAGUCGACCGUGAUCGGUGUUAAGGAGAAGUUCCAGCUGUUGACCCUCUGCUCGGCCAUGUUCGAGGCUGACGACUCGCUCCUCAUGACGGUUAACUAUCCAAAGGUUUGGAGGUGCACAAGAGAAGCUCCUGUUGAAGGAAGACUCGAUCCAAACAACCAGGCCAAGCCAUAUGCCAAGAAGCAGUGCAUCAUCAGAUUUACCACGCACUACCGCACUCAUCCUCGGCACAAGGUCUUAAUGGAUUCCGCGCUGCCGCCUGUUCCAUGGGACAAGCCACCAGAGGUCAAGAAAAUAAAGCUCAGCUCCAGGCCGUCCUUCAGCGGUCCCCCCAACGAUGGCCCGCCUACCCCGGGUGGCCUUGCUCGGAAAGACUCAAUAUCGGUUUCUGUCCAUCGGCCGGCGAUGCCUGCCACCCCCGUAAUGGAGCCAUUACAUUCGAGUUCAUACUCCAUCUCUGUCGUGCCUGUUGCCCGGAUCUCUACACCUUUGGCAGGGUCGCCUCCUGCGCCUGCUGCGACGCACGGCCAACAGCCGAAUGGCGCAGCCAAGGCGGCAGAGAAGCGCCCCAAGCCGCCGAAGAAGCGGAAGAGCGACGAGGGCGACGGCGUCGACCGGCCAAAGAAGGUGCCACGGGUUGAAAAUGGCGUCAAUGGCCGAGCGAGUAAAAUAGUCACGGUGCCGUUCAGGGCCUGGGGCAGGCUGCCGGCCCACAUCAAGGAGAAGUUGCAAGUCGAGAAAUCUGCCCCCGCCAUCUCAGCGACAAUCGUUGCGACGCCAACGGGUGCAAAGCGCACUCCGCUCCCUUCCCUUCCCGAUUUCCCCCCCUCCGCGGGACCGCUAGCUCUGGGCACUCCCGCGAUCGACCCGCGACCGUCACCGGGAAUCAUCCAUGGGGUUCAGUCCGCGAAUAAGAAGCGUAAGCCGCUCCCCUCGGCUGCCCCACAUCAUCACUCGCCGCCUCCGAGCACGCCGGUCGGUAGGGUCGAGACGGCUGAGCCCAAGAAGAGCGUUAUCAAGCUCAAACUGAAGGCACCUUCCCAGACGUCGCCGCCGCAGACAUCGCCGUAG